AUGGUGCUGAAGGAGCUUCCGGGUAAAAAGGCAUCCUCAGAAGGAAAUCCCCUCCUCACCGUGACAACCAAGGUGGGCAUGAUGACCACCGACAGGAAGCAGCAAUCAAGCACUUCCUGGUUUGGUAUACUGUACACAACUGUGCUUUUUUGUUUCGAUUUCUUUGCGUAGCAGACACUGCUAGCCAAAGUAACUCACAUGGCUUGGAAUUCUGCACACAUUUUUAUAUACAGCCUGACAGUGAACCAAUUCAGGUUAAAUGCAGUGCCAGGGGCAACACAUCAGUUAUAUGCCCCACUGGGAUUUGAACUACCAACAUGUCACCAAUGAUGUUCCUAUUUACUUGGCUUGCUGCUGGCUGCCUGUGAAGGUAUUUUUGCAAGCUAGAGCUAAAGCCACAUUUUUUUAAUUUCACCUUUAUUUAACCAGGUAAGCCAGUUGAGAACAAGUUCUCAUUUACAACUGCGACCAUAUAGGCCCUUUCCAACAAUCAACAAUAAAAAGAGAAUAAUAUCAAAUCUGUUUCGCAGCUGCACCUUUCUAUUUCCGCAAACAAACUGCUACAUGCACUCAAGGCCUUAUAAAAAGAUUGGUAUUGUCAAUUUAUAUUACUGUUCUAAAACGAUGUAUGAUAUUUUCACAUGUUAAUUUUAAAUCCAUGAAAUAACCUGGGGUGAAAUUACUUAAUGUGUAAUAUUUUUUACAUUAAAACUCAACCACCCACAGGGGCCUUCUGAGUGGUGCAGCGAUCUAAGGCACUGCAUUGCAGUGUGUCAAGAAGUAGUGCGGCUUGGCGGGGUCGUGUUUCGGAGGACGCAUGGCUCUCGACCUUCGCCUCUCCCGAGUCCGUACGGGAGUCGCAGCGAUGGGACAAGACUGUAACUACUAAUUGGAUAUCAUGAAAUUGGGGAUAAAAAAAGUGGUAAAAGUACCAAAACAUAAAAAAUAUUAAUAAAUAAACAUAAAAAAAUUCUAAAUCUAAAUCAACCACCCCCAAUUGAAUAUACUGUAUCAUUUGUUGUAAUACAAAACAUAAUCUUACACUUUUCCUGUAUUAACAUUGCCAAAAAUGUCCUUAUGCAGACUGAUUUCAACAGUUUAAUUCAAAAUGAGAUUUCUGUCAUAACUUGGGGUGGCAAAAUGAAAUGUAAUUUACACGCCAAACGUAGAAGCUGCUUAGCUUUUCUUUUCUGCUUACUCUCUCUUUCUAGUGUUACAGGACUGCACAGGAUUACAUUUAGAAUUCAAUUAAUCCAAGCAAUCUUGUUUUUGUUGGAUAUGAUUUUGCAUGUGUAUGAAAUGGGCUUUAAUGCAGCAUUAUAUUUUUGUGAAUAUGCUGUAUUUGCAAAACUGAUCUCUCUUAGUUAUCCCACAAUGCCAUAUUUGUUACCCCAGAAAUUGAGCUUUUUGUUUAUUCUAUUUUGGCUCAUCAAUAUAUUCUACUAUGCACUAAAAUAGGCUUUUGGUGUUAGUAGUUUGUUUUAUUGAAAUGCUGAUGGUAGAAAUGUAUGUGCUUGUUGCCCUCCAAUAACUGUCUCAAAGCACACUGAAUGCACUGUGUUUAGUGGUCACAGUGAUGAGGAGUAUGUGUGUGCCUGUGCAUGUGUUUGUUGUUUCGCCCCUUACAUUUACGGGGGGCGACAGGUAGCUUAGUGGUUAAGAGCGUUGUGCCAGUAACUGAAAGGUCGCUGGUUCUAAUCCCUGAGCCGACUAGGUGAAAAAUCUGUCGAUGUGCCCUUGAGCAAGGCACUUAACCCUAAUUGCUCCUGUAAGUUGCUUUGGAUAAGAGCGUCUGCUAAAUGACUAAAAUGUAAAUGUAAUUUCCGUUAGUUCUACAGUAUAUUUUCCUUAAUAUGAGUCAUUGACCUAUGUAUAGCCUAUAUACAGGUAAUUGCCAAAAUAAAGGAAACACUUCUGGCGGCUCUGUUAUGGUGUGAGGUGCAUUUUCCUGGCAUGGUUUAGGUCCACUCAACCCCUUAGAGGGCAAGGUAAACGCCGAUAAAUGCACAGCCAUUCUGAGUGAUCACCUACAGCCUAUGGUGAAUCAUUUCUAUGCUGAUGGUAGUGGUCUCUUCCAGGAUGACAAUGCCCCCAUCCACAGGGCAUGAGUGGUUAUUGAAUGGUUUGAUGAGCAUGAAAACAAUGUAAACUAUAUGCCAUGGCCAUCUCAGUCACCAGAUCUCAACCCAAUUGAACAGUUAUGGGAGAUUCUGGAGCGGCGCCUGAGACAGCGUUUUACACCACCAUCAACAAAACACAAAAUUAUGGAAUUUCUCAUGGAAGAAUGGUGUGACAUAUGUGACACUUCCACCAUACAACAGGACCUUAACCAACUAGCCAACUGGUCAGAACAAAACAAGAUGAAGCUCAACCCAACAAAGUGCAAAGUCACGUACACCUGUUUUAGCCACAAUCCUGACCCACCUCCGCCAUUAUCCAUCUCCGUUCACACACUUGAGGUGUCCAGCACCAAAGUGCUCGGCGUGACAUUCCAAGUCAAUCUAAAAUGGAACACGCACAUCUCCGACAUUACCAACAAAGGUGAUGAUGAACUAUCUUCGCCACUUUAACCUCCCCCCAAAGACCUUCUGACAGUCUACACCUGUUUUGUCUGUCGAGUGCUCGAGUACGCCAGCUGUAUGGCACCCAGGUCUCACAGCCCACCAACACAACCAACUUGAGAAGAUCCAAUGACGUGCAACCAAAAUCUACGUAGGCCUAUGUAUGCUGCAAUUCAGCUUUUAGCUGCAAAUGUGUACAAUUCAAAAUAAACUUUAAGUAUAUAUAAUGGAGUCGCAUCCCUCCAAUAGAGUUCCAGAUACUUCUACAAUCUAUCCCAAGGCGCACUGAAGCUGUUCUGGUGGCCCAAUGCACUAUUAAGACACUUUAUGUUGGUUUUUCCUUUUAUUUUGGCAGUUACCUGUAUUGAUACUGUACUAGAUAUCUAAAUACCCACAUGAGAAAAUACCAUAGUAUACUAUGGUAUAAAUACUAUAGUUUUCACUAUUCAAGUGUUUUUGCAGACUUUACUGUAGUAUUCACUGUGGUGUUUUUGUGCACAUGACUGUAGUAUACUGUAGUAUUUACACUUUACUAUAGUUUAAAUACUGUAGUAUUUUAUUUUUAGUGUAUAUACAAUAGUAAUUACUGUAAUGUUUUUGUGGACUGUAAUAUACUGUAGUGUUUUUGCGGACAUUACUGUAGUAUUUACUAUAGUGUUUUUGUUUUCUUGACUUUGACAUAGAAGUGUGGGCUUUCUACAUGAGGAAACCUACUGGACAAGUACUAAAAGAGCUAAUUUAGGACUGGGGUCUGAACGGAUAGUUCAGAGCUUCUACUCUUUUCUAUAACCUGUAGGGAACACAAUAUAUGGUCUAUCCUUGGCAUGUAGGUUAUUUCACUUAUGGGUGGCACACAUUGCGAUAUGUGGGAGGGGAAUAGGCAGGGUAUAUACAAGUUAAAUACUGUAGUAUUACUAUAGUUAAAAAACGGUUGUGUUUUUGCGGACUGUAGUGUUUUUGCAGUCAUUACUAUAAUAUUAACUACAGUGUUUUUUGUUGUUGUUGCUAAUACUGUAAUAUUUAGUAUAGUAUUCUACAGUGUACUACACAAUUCUAUAGUAAGUACUACUUGUGAUUGAGGGAUACUACAGUAUGUACUAUAUUUUCUACUGUAUACUACAGUUUACUACAGAAUUCUAUAGUAAAUACUGUUUUUUUUUUUGCGGGUAACUGGAGGACCAAGUGCUCUAUGAUCGAUGGAAGCUCCAAUGUUGGUGGAAUUGGAGCCUUAAGCCAGUAUUAAAUCCAUUCCAGAAAGUGGCUUUCCAUCCAUCAAUCAAUCAAUCAAAUGUAUUUAUGAAGCCCUUUUUCUUAACCUGAGCAAUGACGCUUUCCUUCCAAUAACGCAACAUUCCUUCCUCCAUAGUAAUUCACUCGUAUAUGCUGCACCUCAUCAUCCACUUCAAGUAAAUGUGGGUACCAGGGUUGUGGUCAAUUCCAUUUAAAUACGCUUAGAAUGUCAAAAAGUUAACAUUGCUGGAAUUACCUUGCCGUUUUGGAGACAGUGAUGCGUUUGCUAGCAAAGAGAUUUGCGGUGGCUAAUUAACUGGAAAUAAGUGAAUUGUUUCGCCCCACAGCUAUUCAAGAUAAUUAGUGAGCCAGCUAAAAUGGUUAACAAUAGUUAGCAAUCACUUCUCCACCUAUUUUGCUAGCUACACUGUGCCUGCCGUGUCAAUAAGGUCUCCAAAAAUGACGUGCUGUCUCCAGUUUUGUUUACACUUUGCCAUUUUGACACUGUGUAUCCACUUUCUAUGCGCAUUCAGUCAAAUCCAUUGUUGUCCUCAUUGAAAAAAAUUGAAUUGACUGCAUUUAAAUGGAAUUAACCCCGACCCUGGUGACGUAUUGUCUCCGGCCAUUCACAUUGGGGUUGACUUCAUAGCCUAUACAUCUUGUGUAAUGUGGAUUAGGAUUUCGAAGGCAGACCAGAUUUGGGGACAUCGUCGGGAACUAGAACCGAUCGUCAGUGAUACUGCCAAUGUUUACAGCCAGAGAUUAGGCCAUGGUUAAGCUUUAAGAGUAGGACGAUCACAGAGGAGUAAUUUGAUAAUAGAUCAGUGUAUAGUGCAUUCGGAAAGUAUUCGGACCCCUUCACUUUUUACAAAUUCUUUACGUUACAGCCUUAUUCUAAAAUGGAUUAAAUAGUUUUUUUUCCCUCAUCAAUCUCCACACAAUACCCCAUAAUAACAAAGCAAAAACUGUUUUUUAGAAAACUGAAAUAUCACAUUUUCAUAAGUAUUCAGACCCUUUAAUUUGUUGAAGCACCUUUGGUAGUGAUUACAGCAUUGAGUCUUCUUCGGUAUGACGCUACAAGCUUGGCACACCUGUAUUUGGGGAGUUUCUCCCAUUCUUCUCUUCAGAUCAUCUCAAGCUCUGUCAGGUUGGAUGGGGAGUGUCUCUGCACAGCUAUUUUCAGAUCUCUCCAGGGAUCGGGUUCAAGUCCAGGCACUGGAUGGGCCACUCAAGGAUAUUCAGAGACUUGUCCCGAAGCCACUCCUGCGUUGUCUUGGCUGUGUGCUUAGGGUCGUUGACCUGUUGGAAGGUGAACCUUCGCCCCAGUCAGAGGUCCUGAGCACUCUGGAGCAGGUUUUCAUCAAGGAUCUUUCUGUACUUUGCUCCGUUCAUCUUUCCCUUGAUCCUGACUAGUCUUCCAGUCCCUGCCGCUGAAAAACAUCCACACAGCAUGAUGCUGCCACCCCUAUUCUUCACCGUAGGGAUGAUAUUGGCCAGGUGAUGAGCGGUGCCUGGUUUCCUCCACAUAUGACGCUUGGCAUUCAGGCCAAAGAGUUCAGUCUUGGUUUCAUCAGACCAGAGAAUCUUGUUUCUCUAUGGUCUGAGAGUCCUUUAGGUGCCUUUUGGAAAACUCCAAGAGGGCUGUCAUGUGCCUUUUACUGAGGAGUGGCUUCCGUCUGGCCACUCUACCAUAAAGGCCUGAUUGGUGGAGUGCUGCAGAGAUGGUUGUUCUUCUGGAAGGUUCUCCCAUCUCCACAGAGGACCUCUGGAGCUUUGUCAGAGUUACCAUUGGGUUCUUGGUCACCUCCCUGAUCAAGGCCCUUCUCCCCCGAUUGCCUAGUUUGGCAGGGUUGCCAGCUCUAGGAAGAGUCUUGGUGGUUCCAACCUUCUUCCAGUUAAGAAUGAUGGAGGCCACUGUGUUCUUGGGGACCUUCAAUACUGCAAAAAUGUUUUGGUACCCUUCCCCAGAUCUGUGCCUCGACACAAUCCUGUUUUGGAGCUCUACGGACAAUUCCGUCGACCUCAUGGCUUGGUUUUUGCUAUGACAUGCACUGUCAACUGUGGGACCUUAUAUAGACAGGCGUGUGCCUUUCCAAAUCCUGUCCAAUCAAUUGAAUAUACCACAGGUGGACUCCAAUCAAGUUGUAGAAACAUCUCAAGGAUGAUCAAUGGAAACAGGAUGCAUCUGAGCUCAAUUUCGAGUCUCAUAGCAAAGGGUCUGAAUAUUUACGUAAUUAUGGUAUUUCUGUUUUUAAUUUGUAAUACAUUUGCAACAAAUUCUAAAAACCUGUUUUCGCUUUGGCUUUAUGGGGUAUUGUGUGUAGAUUGAUGAGGAAAAAAGUAAUUUAAUCCAUUAUAGAAUAAGGCUGUAACAAAUGUGGAAAAAGUGAAGGGGUCUGAAUACUUUCUGAAUGCACUGUAUAGAAAUCUUUUUCAUGGGAUUGAAUUUACUGACAGAAUACAAUGAAGCUAUCUUUAGGAGUCUCUCUGUUUUGGGUACUUUCGGGAUUACAUGGGCAUGGCAGCAAAAGGAAUGUUCUCUGGUCUCUUAUAAAUGCUACAGAAAUGUUAUAAUUUUCUGGCACUAGAAUUUCAAACACACACACACACACACACACACACACACACACACACUGUGCGAGUGAUGUGGAUGGAACUCUAACACAUACUACAUCUUCGAGAUUUCAUAUGCUGUAGAACGUUCUGUUUUUGCAUACCCAAACGGCCUACUAUUUAGGACACAAGUCCGGGUAUCCGGACACAGCCCCUCAUUCUCGAUGGUUGGUAUUCACAACCGUUAGCAAGCCUUCUAAUAGGUUUAUGGAGGGUCAACUAAUUUGGAGAGGGGGAUCAUAAAAGCCAUUCCAAAUGUCUUUCUCAUUCCCAAUUAAAGGGGUUGUAAUGUCUGAGUCAUUAGAGUCUACCUCCCAGAGACAGUUAUAAGUCUAGGUCACACUAAGACGCUAUCUCGUUUUCCUUCCCAAAUAGACAUGGGCGAACAUCCAUAGUGCACAUGGGCAUGGUACUGUAUGUAUGCCCUCGCCGAACACAACACAACACGCAUGCACAAACACGCACAGUGGUUUAAUGGUGGAUGGUGUCUAUGGUAGAGGAAGCGGUGCUCUCUGUAUCUCCCAGCUACUGUUUAUCUGUUUGAAGGCAACGCACUGUCACAGAGGGGUCUAUUUAACAUCCCCAAUGUUGCACAAUCUGACAUACACUACAAGUCAAAAGUUUGGACUUUUUGGAAGUUUGGAAUUUUUUUUACAUUGUAGAAUUAUAGUGAAGACAUCAGAACUAUGAAAAAACUCAUAUGGAAUCAUGUAGUAACCAAAAAAGUGUUAAACAAAUUAACAUUUAUUUUAUAUUUGAGAUUCUUCAAAGUAGCCACCCUUUGCCUUGAUGACAGCUUUGCACAGUCUUGACAUUCUCUCAACCAGCUUCAUGAGGUAGUCACCUGGAAUGCAUUUCAAUUAUCAGGUGUGCCUUCUUAAAAGUUAAUUUGUGGAAUUUCUUUCCUUAAUGUGUGUGAGCCAAUCAGUUGUGUUGUGACAAGGUAGGGGGGUAUACAGAAUAUAGCCAUAUUUGGUAAAAGACCAAGUCCAUAUUAUGGCAAGAACAGCUCAAAUAAGCAAAGAGAAACGACAGUCCAUCAUUACUUUAAGACAUGAAGGUCAGUCAAUAUGGAACAUUUCAAGAACUUUGAACGUUUCUUCAAGUGCAGUCGCAAAACCCAUCAAGCGCUAUGAUGAAACUGGCUCUCAUGAGGACCGCCACAGGAAUGGAAGACCCAGAGUUACCUCUGCUGCAGAGGAUAAGUUCAUUAGAGUUACCAGCCUUAGAAAUUGCAGCCCAAAUAAAUGCUUCACAGAGUUCAAGUAACAGACAUAUCUCAACAUCAACUGUUCAGAGGGAACUGUGUGAAUCAGGCCUUCAUUGUCGAAUUGCUGCAAAGAAACCACUACUAAAGGACACCAAUAAGAAGAAGAGACCUGCUUGGGCCAAGAAACACGAGCAAUGGACAUUAGACCGGUGGAAAUGUGUCCUUUGGUCUGGAGUCCAAAUUUGAGAUUUUUGGUUCCAACCAUUGUGUCCAACCACACUUAACCAGCAUGGCUACCACAGCAUUCUGCAGCGAUACGCCAUCCCAUCUGGUUUGGGCUUAGUGGGACUAUCAUUUGUUUUUCAACAGGACAAUGACCCAACACACCUCCAGACUGUGUAAGGGCUAUUUUACCAAGAAGGAGAGUGAUGGAGUGAUGCAUCAGAUGACCUGGCCUCUACAAUCCCCCGACCUCAACCCAAUUGAGAUGGCAUGGGAUAAGUCGGACAGCAGAGUGAAGGAAAAGCAGCCAAAGGAAAGUGCUCAGCAUAUGUGGGAACUCCUUCAAGAUUGUUGGAAAAUCAUUCCAAGUGAAGCUGGUUGAGAGAAUGCCAAGCGUGUGCAAAGCUGUCAAGGCAAAGGGUUGCUAUUUGAAGAAUCUGAAAUCUCAAAUAUAUUUUGAUUUGUUCAACACUUUUUUGGAUACUACAUGAUUCCAUAUGUGUUAUUUCAUAGUUUUUGAUUUCUUCAUUAUUAUUCUACAAUGUAGAAAAUAGUCAAAAUAAAGAAAAAAACUUGAAUGAGUAGGUGUGUCUAAACUUUUGACUGGUACUGGAUAUGGGAUCUAUAUAUACCUCAGUCACGUGAGAUAUAUCAUCCAUCAACAAUAGAAAGUAAAGGAUAUCAUAUUGUAUUAUAUGUCAUAAUACUGUAAGCUGCGCUGUGUUUAUUGAACAUCAAGGAAUACACAGGGUCACUAUUUAGUCAAGUGAUGUAAAUAAAUAUAAUUUAUGAUUUAUUUUAAGUGUUUUUUGUUACACUUUCACUUUUACAUUUCAUUCUCAAAUGAGACAACAUUUAAUGUUUUAUGUAAUUUGUCACGUUUUAUGAUUUGUGUUUUGAAGAUCUGUUUCGCAACUCGUAUGGUCAAGGGAUUUUGGCAGCUGUUUCAAUAUGUGUUGUAUGCUUGGUUUCACCAUCACUCCUCUUUGGUUCUGCUUCAUCAAAAUCAAUUCCUCUCCUCAUCCUCAAAAUGUGUUGCUUAGCUGUGAUCCGAUUAAUCUCAAUCCCUAUGAAUUCAGGCAUAAACUUGAAGUGUUCCAUAUCCUGUUGAUAGUACUCAUCAGUUUCUAAAUUGACUCUUUGAUUGAAAUGGACCUUAGCCCCCCUCAAGUUUGCCUUCCGUUACUGUAUCUAACCUUAAGGGUGUUAUACAUAAACAAAAUUAAACAAUCUAGGGCAUCAACUGUCACCAGUGAUAUUCACCUACAUAAAAAAGACAUCCUUGGUGUGCCACAACAAAUCGGUUCGUGGGAUGGAUUUGGCUCGCAAGCCACGAGUUGCAGACUCCUAUGGACUAUCCUUCUGCUGCAGCAUUUCUUUCUUUCUUUCUUUUUAUGUUUUCUGUUUUCCUCACUGCGUCUCUCCUCCCCAGCUGGUCGGUGAGCAGCAAGAGAGCCGCCCGCUGCUGAGCCCCUCCAUCGAUGACUUCCUGUCAGAGAGCCGCAUCGAUGGUCCCGUGGUCCGGCCGGUCACCUCCAACACAGCAGGUAGCCCUCUCUCAUUACCCACAACUCAUUAA